AUGCCACUUACAACAACUAGCAUUGAUAUGUUAGAUGACCCGAUGGUAAAUUAUGGGAGGGAUGAUGUGAUGCAGCUUAUCAGGAAGAUUGGACGUAUUCAAGUCUUGGACAUAUCAAGGGAAGUUUCGAAAUUGCGCGAGAUUAAGGACAUCGAAGAUGAACUGACUAUAAUGUCAAUACUGUUCGAGGACCAAAGGACGGUGCUGACCACCUUGGAAAGUGUCAUACUAUCCAAAGCUGCUAUCCGGUCCAAAGUGGAGGCUCUCAUGCAACAGAAUGUGGACCUCGAUGAGGACAAGCCCGACGAGAAGAUCAUCAUCAGUGAGAUGACGCCUGGUACCGAACUCGUUGAUGAUAUUCAAGAAAACACAAUUCCAGCAAAUGAAUCAUUUACUGAGCAGAAGGAAGUGGACCGCGGGCCAAUGGAAGUCUCUAAUGGAGGAAUGUCAAGCACCCAUGAGAAAUAUCCUGACCCAGAGUCUUCGAGCAUUUCAAAUACUCCACAGCCAAGCAUCCUAGAGAUAAAAGGCAAAGGAGUGUUAAAAGUGUCAGACAAAAUUACCGAGUUGAACAUGGAAGCGCACGAGAACCAUCGUUCGACUAAACAUUAUCUGGAUCAGGUGGCAAGUAAGCUCUUGGAAACGUGGAGUAAUUCCAAACAGCGCAACCUGCCUCUUGCUAUUGUUCAAAGAAGCAUCGACGAAGUUGGGAGUAUGUUUCAGCGUGCUAAGAAAGCCAAUGAAGCCCUCGACUUUCUUGUAGAUCUCAAGCAGAAACAAAGUAGCGUGUUGGAUGCUCGUUCCGCGAGGAUACAAACGGAAGGAUCGCUCAAGAUGACACAGAAAUUGGUUGAAUUGACAGGUGUGACGGUCGAGAUAAACAAAGAGAACGAGAGGCAGGGCAAAACUCUAAUGGUAUUCACGAUCGUUACAAUCAUUUUUCUGCCUUUGUCUUUUAUGGCCGCUUUCUUCGCGAUCAACAUCGCCGCUUUCCACCGCGAUGACAAGGAUUUCCUCAGCCUAGGAUAUGUGUCCAAGAUUAUGUUCCCAAUCUCAGCUAUGAUCACUGCUGUACUCAUUUACAUUGCGUUCAGAGUCGACCAGUUGAAUAAAGUUUGGCCGUGGAUGAAAAGGACAGGGUCUAACUGUUGGUCAAAACUUAUUACUCAACUUCGUCAAUUGUGGAAUGGGGGAGAAGACAGUGCAGUUUGA